CCCUUUGAGGAUAGAUGACUCCAUGAAUUAAUUCAUAUAAAUAAACAUAAUUUGAGCAUAGUAGUCAUUAUAAUACAGCAGUUUAUAAGCCAUAAUGGUGUUUGAGUCUCAUGUGAAUAAUAAUAAAUAUGGUGUCUUAAACCUGUGCCCAAGGGUAAAUCAUAUUUUAGACUCACUGGGUAAUAGUUAGAGCCUUUUCAAACCAAGUUUCCGCAGAGAAUAGGCCACAGGAACUUACUGUAAGGUUGGACCUUAGCUUUUCACUAGCAGCCCCAUUUUUGUGGAACCAACUUGCCAGAUGAACUUACAUUAAAAAUGUCUCUAAAUGCUUUUUAAUUAAGCUAUUUUUAACAUGCUUUUAAUCUAAUAUAAGUUUUAUUUUGAUUUAUAUGUCUAGCUACGUUAAUCUAUGCGAAACAGGUUUUACUAGUUUAAAAAAUUAUCAGUAUUUUUGUAUGGACAGAGUUUUGGUAAAACACAGUUUGAUCAUUUAAAUGAAAUUGGUUUUUUUUUUUUUUUUUUUUGCUCUAUAAAUUUAUAUUGUUAAAUUGUUAUUAUACAGCCAUUUAAAUUUUCGAAUAGCAUAAUUUCUGGCAUGUCCCAAAUGUAAAUUGACAUGUAGCUAUCGGCUGGAGCCCAUAGGGAUAUAGACACUCUUUUAUAAAAAUACCCAAUGUCAUGAUGAUACUUGAUUUGUUCCAAACUGAGUUUCAUCGCACCUAGCCAAUCAGAAUGCAUCUACAAGCGUCACAUAAAGAUUAAUAACAAUUGUUGUAAGGCAUGACAAAUCGAAUAAAUUCACUUCUAGGGUAAAAAAAAUAAUAAAUAAAAAAUACUUGAUUUUUUCUCCAUUUCAUAAAAAGAAAGAUGUGUUAGAUCAUGCAUAAGUUGUUUCAGAAACAUAUCACCUAGACUAGGUGAUAUUCUUCUGGUUGUUUAUCUUUUCCUUUUAUACCAAUCAUGUACACAUUGCGGAUCUAUAUUUUUUUGGGAGAGGCCAGGCUGCUAAAUAGAUUAGGUCCCAGUUUUCUACGGUUCCACACGCGGGGUCGACAACUAAAAUGGCGGACGGUUUGUGCAUAUACUGGCUAGUCGACUCGACUAGCUGUUAAAUAUUGGAUUGAAUGAUAUCGCAACAAUUUCUGUCGACAAGGGUAGAGGUAAAAGUGUAUGAUAAAUAGUUUCGUUAUGCAUAGUUGCAAUAUACGACCCCUACAUUUGAGUAGACAACCCUGAAAGUUUAUAAAGCGUCCUAUAACUAAAUGCAUGUCUUAUAGGAAGUAGUAGUAGCAAUAAUUAUUAUUUAAGCUUAGCUUAAAUAAUAUUGCUACUCUAACUUGUACAUGUAGCCCAUUCAUGUUAAAAGCUUAAGCUGAAAUCUUAUUGAUAAGUGAUUAUUUUAAGCUUAGCUGCCUCAUCGGCAAGGAAAAAACAACUACGUGGAAACGACUUUUUUUUUUCAGUGACAGCCAUGAUUUGAUAACUUGGUAAGAUGAAGGUCGUUGUAACAAUUGUUUUUAUGUGCUGUCUGUUUCUGGACUUGCACGAAGGUGCUAUGCACUGGAAAAUCCAGAACCUAAAUAUUCCACAAAGUCACAUUCCAUAUUUCACGGGGAGCAAAAACCACAGUCAAGGAUUCUGCAAGAAUGGGGCUUGUCAGGAUCGCAGUUCUAAAUUAUGUUGGGGAUAUGAAGACGAUUGUGAUUCUGACAAUCAGUUUUCCAGACCAUAUUGUAUCCAUCAUCAAAAAGCGUGGGCCAAGACUUUAGAGGACCAAGUCCAGUUAUUUUGGAAACAAGGAGAUUUUGGUUACAUUAAGAAAAUGAAGGACCAGGUUAUAGAGCUAUGUCAGCCCAAGAAAAUGGGCGAUUCCUCACUGACAUGCACAACAAAUCUCUGGUAUUGCCAUGCCACAAACAUAUACUUUGAUUUAAAAAGCUUCCACUUUGAUGCUAGUAAUAACAGAUUUCGUGAAGAUGUUUUCAAAGAAGGUGAAGUUGGAGGCCACUGUCAUUUUAAGAAAGAUUUACACAAGAAUCAGGGUGAAAACAAAAGUCCUCUUCAGUCAUGGUUUGCUGAACUAGAGCAUUACACAUCUCUUCCUGUUCAACCUAUACAGGCUGGACGCUGUGAUGUGAUAGUAAACAGACCAACAAUUUUUAUGAAAUUGGAUGCAGGCACCAACUUGUAUCACCACUUUUGUGACUUUGUUAACCUCUAUGUCACUCAGCACAUGAAUGGGAGUUUUGACACCGACAUCAAUAUCCUCAUGUGGGACACGAGCUCCCUACCCUAUCGGGAUUUCUUCUCAGACACAUGGAAGGCAUUCACAAAGCAUCCUAUCAUUCGAUUAAAUGAGUACACUGGAAAGCGUAUUUGUUUUAAAGAUGCAGUGUUCUCUUUCAAUCCAAGAAUGAUCCGUGGUCUUUACUACAACAUGCCAUUGGUUCCAAGUUGUGUUGGAAGUGGACUCUUCAAAGCUUUCACAGAGCAUACUCUACACCGACUUGGUAUAACACAAGAAAAUCACAGUGAUGAAGAAUUUCGAAUAACACUUUUACAACGGAGCACCAAGUACCGCAGAAUUCUUAAUCAAGAUGAGCUAGUGGGAGCAAUGAUGAGUGUCCCAAUGUUUAAAGUGAAAGUUGUUGAUUAUACUUGGAAAAUGCCAUUUUUGGAGCAAUUGAAGAUAACGCAUAAUUCUGACAUAUUUAUUGGCAUGCAUGGAGCAGGACUCACACAUGCAUUGUUUUUACCAGACUGGGCAGUCUUGAUUGAACUUUAUAACACAGAAGACCCAGCCUGUUACAGUGAUUUGGCAAGACUAAGGGGUGUCAACUACAUCACUUGGGAACACAAGGAAAAGCUUUACCCAGAAGAUGAGGGCCAUCAUCCUACUUUAGGUGCCCAUGCUAAGUUUACAAACUAUGCUUUUAAUGUAGACGAGUUCAUGAGGCUAGUUUACAAGGCAGCUGAUACUGUGAAAGAAAGCCGACAGAAACUAUUGAACAUCAAUAGCAGUACCAAUUCAGAGAAACAAGCAAGCAAGUCUAAAGACGAACUUUAAAGAUAGCAUAUGGUUUUGUCAGCUCGUCGAUCAGUCAAUCACUAAACUGACACCAGCGUAGCACCAAUAGCAGUUUUGACACUGACAAACCUGUGGAUUCCUGAUCAAUACAUGUACAGCAUCAAGUUGGAAUUACGUGUCAAUAUUUAAGUCGGGCAUCUCUUAAACUGAUGAGGUGCGAAAAGGGUUGUGCGUUAACGAAUUUCUAUCAUGAUAUUCACAAUAUUUUUAUUUUUAUAUUUUUAAUUUUUUUUCCUUCUCCAAAAGGGGGUUGGCUAGGCACCCAAUCCACCGCCCCUAAAUUCGCCCCUGCACAGGGGUUUCAUUGAGGGCUGGUCACCGUGCAAAUUGACUGGCUUUGAGGACAUUUUUACCCGGCUGCUGUGACCAUCUAGCGGAAGGUUAUUCUUUCAAAGAAAUUCAGUUCUAAUAGUUUUGCCCGCCUGUGAAAACCAGUAGCCCUCCUGUUGAAAACGUCAAUGAAACCCCUGCCUGGAUAGUCGGCCUACACAAUAAUUAAAGAAGUUAUCGCUUCAUAAAGAUCAAAAAAGUAAAAAUAAAAAAGAAAUUUAAAAAAAGUCAA